CUAAUUGUCUAGUCGCUGCCUCGGGACCCUCUCAUUUGUCUUGCGAUUUUGCUUGCCCCUCCCCCACCCAAAAUAAGUCGAGAAACCGGCACAAAAAAAGUACAUGUAAAUGCUCUGAUAAUUCGCUGGAGCGUGGAGGGAGCGGAAAUGGAGCCGGUGGUGGCGGGCCUUUGGGGGCGAGGAUCAAGGACGACGUUUUCCCUUUUCUUAGCGACAGCCCCCUCGUACGACCCGAAGGAUCAAGAUCGAUCCUUUUCUUCCGCAUCUUAUUUUUUUCUUGCCAUCUUGAUCACUUGCCCAGGCAUUCCUCUGGUCAGCAGCUGACAUCUGCCGUAUCAUCGCUCGUAUCGUAUCGUCUCAACAUGGCGCCCCUGGCUCAGGCUGUGACUGUGUCUCUCAAGGACCUGCAGAAUGGAGACGUCUCCUUUGAGACUCUGCAGCAGGCCUUUGGCCCUGACUCCCUCGGUAUCCUAGUGGUCAAGGACGUUCCACAAGAGUUCGCCCAGCUGCGCCAUGUCGCCCUAUCAUAUGGAUCCUAUUUGGGAAACUUGCCCAAAGAGGAACUGGACAAGUUGGAAAACGCCAAAGCAAAGUAUCUCACCGGCUGGUCGCUGGGCAAGGAGACUCUCAAGAAUGGCCAGGCCGACACCUUCAAGGGGUCCUACUACGCCAACUGUGCCUUUUACGUGAACCCCAGCCUGGAAUGUGCUGAGCCCACGGCCGAGUUCUCACCGGAGACGUUUCCAGAGUACCUGUCGCCAAACGUCUGGCCCGCCGAGAACGUGCUUCCCGGCAUGAAGCCGGCAGUGACGACUCUCUGCCGCCUCAUCAUCGACGUUGCCGUGCUGGUGGCGCGCGCUUGUGACCGCUUUGCCGAGCAGGAGAUCCAGGGGUACCCCAAGGGCUACCUGGAGCACGUCGUCAGCACGUCCAACACCACCAAGGCGAGGCUGCUGCACUACUUCCCCCAGGGUGCGUCUGAGGCGGCGUCGACUGCGGCAGAGGGUGAUGAGGACGACUGGUGCGGCACCCAUCUCGACCAUGGCUGCUUGACGGGACUCACGUCUGCCAUGUUCAUCGACGAGAAGGAGGUCAACCCGGCGGUGCCAACAGCAGACUUGACAAGCCUCAACGGCGCCUCUCUGCCUCCUCUAGAGGAGCUGCCUGCCUCACCGGACGCUGCGGCUGGCCUCUACAUCAAGUCUCGAACGGGCGAGACAGUGCAGGUCAAGAUCCCUCGUGACUGCAUCGCGUUCCAGACGGGCGAGGCUCUGGAACGCAUCACGGCUGGCAAGUUCAAGGCGGUGCCUCACUUUGUGAGGGGGGUGAGGGCCAGCGUGAGUGAUGGGAGGGUAGCGAGGAAUACGCUGGCCGUGUUUACGCAGCCCAACCUUGGCGAGGAGGUUGACAUUGAACAGCACUUGACGUUUGGCGAGUUUGCCAGAGGCGUCGUGACGAAGAACACUGUGUCUUAGGCUGAACCCUUGGACUUAGGACAUAGUAAAUAGUAAAUAGCUGAAAUACGUUGUGACUGUGACGGGGGGGAUGCUGCCUUGGCUGAAGGCAGAUGGUCCUCUGGCACAAAUCUCGCUGCCAAUGACAAACACUCCAUGUGCCCACCCAUAUGAGUGAGUAGGCAAGUAGGUUACCAAGUUGUUGUUUCAGCCUAGAUUUCUGUCGAGCUGUUGUGCUGCACCCGUCGCUCCGGUUGUUGUCUGCGGUU